UCUAUACUAUACUAGGUUUCAGUGAUUUCGUGCUUGAUUAUUGAUGAUUGUAACAGAAGAUUCAAUGUUGGGUGAAAAUUGAAGACGCCAUAGGAAUUCUCAAGCUAAUAUCCCCCAUUUUUGUCCCCUGUUUCCAAACAUGCCCCCCUUAAAACCCAUCGUGCCUUCCGUCUUCCAUUGCAAAUGAAGAGUCGCAUUCCGGCGGUUUCCAUCACCCCCUCUAUGCUAUAAUUCUUUGAACUCAAUUGAACGGUAAAACAUAUCCCAUAUUAUCGAUGAGAGAGAGAGAGAAACGUCAGAGAGAAGAAUUGGGGAAAAUCGGCGAGGAUAAAAGGAAUCACCAGCGAGCGACUAUUCUGACCACUAGGUUGUACCGGUGGAGAGCCUAGGUUGAGGCGAAUCACCGGCAACGAUUUCAGCACCAGAUGGUUCAAGUCAACUUAUGAGCCGAAUUCUGAGUAUCUUGAUGAUGACGAUAGUAGCUUUGAAGGUGACGGGGAAGAAACUACAGGUAAGGUCCCAAAUCUUGAAACAGGAGCUGAAAAUAGUGUUGACAUAGAGUGUAAACAAUCACUCAAUAUUGAAGAUUACGGCCCGUUUCUUCCUUGCGCUUAGAAAAUGGUGCCCGGAUCUCCAACUGAGAGGGAGUUUCGAGUCUUCAUACGCAACAACGUCUUAGUUGGAAUCUCCCAACGGGAAGUCAACACGUUUUACCCGAUUCUGACCGAGAAGAAGCAUGAUAUGGAAAAGGUGAUAGACGAGUUUUAUAUGGACAAGGUGAGCAUGGGAUUUGAGUCGGAAAGUUACACGCUUGAUGUUUAUGUUCGAAAGGAUAUGAAAGUCAAGCUUUUGGAUUUCAAUCCGUGGUGUGAGAUUACGUUGCCAUUGCUGUUCACAUGGGCGGAACUGGAAUCGGAGCAGUUGAUGAGGGAACCAGAGUUUAGGAUUGUGGAGAGCCAAUUUGGGGUGAGACCGGGGUUGAAAACUGCGGUUCCAUAUGGUUAUCUGGAUACAAGUGAAGGGAGUGGUUGGGGCAUUAUUUGUGUCUUCCACUACACAUGAUCUUAGAAUUUAUAUAUAAAAAAAAAAAAAAAAAAA